UGGGGACAGGAAGUACCAUUUUGUCGACGUUUUAUGGGUGAAAGAUAAACCCGGAAUAAAUUUAUGCAAAUCCAGCAGAAAUCUGAGCCAUCCUUAUAUGAUACGAUUGAUUACCUAACAUUGAUCAGCGUUCGAUAUCUUCUGACCAUUUUUUUGCUAUAAUUUUUCGUCAAAAUGGUGAUCAAAGUAUACAUAUCGUCAGUAACUGGCAAUUCAAAGAUGAGGAAACAGCAACAGCAUGUUCAGUCCACGUUAGAAAGUUUUAAGAUAGAUUUUGAAAACAUAGACAUUUCUUGUCCCAACAAUGAAGAAGACAAAAAGUUUAUGAGAGCCAACAGUCAAACACGAGAAGGAUCAACUGUUCCAUUACCUCCUCAGAUAUUUAAUGAGGAAGAAUACUGUGGAGACUAUGAAGAUUUUGAUUUAAAUGUUGAAGACAAUUUAUUAUACGAAUUUUUGAAAAUGGCACCACAAAAGAAAACAUCAGAAGCCUCAGUGACUGUAACAGGAGAGGAAGAUGAAGAAAAGAAAGAUGAGGAGAAAACAGAAUUGAUAGAAGAGGUUGGUGAAAAAGAAGAAGUUAAAGAAAAGGAGGACAAAGAAAAUGAGAAAAAUAAAACAGAUUGUGCUGAGGAAGUGAAAGAGGAAAAGAAGGAAGGAGAGACAGAAGGGGAAGAAAAGAAAGAAGAUAAAAAAGAAGGAGAAACAGAAAAGAAAGUAGAAGGAGAGGAAAAGAAGGAUGGAGAGGAGGAAAAGAAGGAAGAUGGGGAGAAAAAGAAAGAAGAAGAAAAGAAGGAUGGAGAGGAGAAAAAGAAAGAUGAGACAGAUAGCAAAGUGGAAGCAAAGGAUGACAAGAAGGCAGAGGAUGGAGAAGAGAAAAAAGAAACAAAAGCUGAGGAAAAGGAAAAGCCAGUUGAGGGAGAAAAUGAAAACAAGGAGGAGUCUAAAGAAGAAAAAGAGGAAACAAAAGUGAAAGCUGAGGAAAGUAAAACCGAUGAAACGGAUGAGACAGCUACUUUUACUUUAUCGGCUGAUGUUACGAUAGAUGAAGAGAAAAAGGAGGAAGAUGUCAAAGUGGAGGCAAAGGUUGAAGAGGUGAAAGAAGAAGAAAAAGAAGUUAAAAAGGAGGAAGAAAAAAAUGAGGAGACAGUAAAAGAGGAAGAAAAAGUUGAAGAAACUCCCAAAAUUGAGGAAAAGGUUGAAGAAACUCCAAAAGAAGAAGAGAAAGUAGAGGAAAAGAAAGAAGAGCCUCCAAAAGAGGAAGAAAAAGUUGAAGAACCUCCAAAAAUAGAAGAAAAAGUAGAAGAACCUCCAAAAAUAGAAGAAAAAGUAGAAGAACCUCCAAAAAUAGAAGAAAAGGUAGAAGAACCCCCAAAGGAAAAGGAAAAAGUAGAGGAACCCCCAAAAGUUGAAGAAAAAGUAGAGGAAAAGGAAGAGGAGAAAAUUCCAGAACCAGUAGAAAUAGAGGAAGAAGAGGACAAUUCUUUAGAGGCAAGAAGAAGGAGACGGAGAAUGGAGAGAGAAAAGAAAGAACAAGAAGAAGCAGCAGCUGCAGAGGAAGCUUCAAGUUCCAGGAGAGGCAAAGAACAAGAAUCUGAAGAUUCUGGAGUCUCAGAGUCUCUGGAAGAAAGGAGAAGACGACGACGUGAAGAGAGAGGUAAAAAGGAGGAAGACUCGUCAGCUGUAGAAGAAACAGCUGCUGAGAGAAGAAGACGUAGGAGGAGGGAAAUGGAAGAUUAGGGAGGUGAAACAACUGAAUAAGAAAACAAAUCUAAGUCAAAUUUGAAGGUGCUGACUGACUGGUUUCCUGCCUGACAAUACUUUUGCUCAUCUUCAUAGCUCAUCAUGACCAGAAACUUAAUUCAGUUAACUGCUGAAGGACUGUUUGUUAUCAUCAAGUGCUUUCCAUGUUUACAUUCUGUGCUUUUACACAUAAAUUGACAGGCAGAGAAAUGUUAAAAGAGAUUUGAUUGUUGCAAUAUUUGUGUUCGAAUAAGCAUUUGUUAAUUUCAGUAUUUGCAAAUUGGUUUGGGUAUUUUUGUGCUUUUUACUAACCACCUCAGAAGAACUGACAUAUUAGAACAC